GGCAGUCGUGGAGGGCGCGGGCGCGGCACGCGGGGCGGGGAAGCGCGGGCGCUGCGCUCAGUGUGUCGGCGCGCGCCGCCGCCGCCAUGGGCAACCACCAUUCCGCCUCACACAACGCUCUCAAGCCCAGGAAGAAUGUGCACUGGAAAACCGCAGGGCGUCCUGCGGCGCCAGGCAAGCCGGAAAUUAUACCUAUAUUAUCUGACGACGAACCGAACGCAAUAACAUUGAAGUGGACUCCGGCGACGCAUGAUGGAGGGGCACCAUUGCUAGGCUACCAAGUGGAAUGCAACAAACUAGGCUCGCCGGACUGGAUUCGCACGGCGCCGCCAGUCGUGCUCCGUCCUGAGCUGGUCCUCACAGGCCUGGACCCACCCAACCGCUAUCAGUUCCGCGUGGCUGCAUUAAAUGCUGUGGGCCGCUCCGAUUACAGCGAAUUAUCCGAUGUACUUACAGUCAGUUCCGAUCAGGCCUCACAAGAACCUCCAGUGUUCUUGCAGCACUUGGAGGAUGUCACAGCUUUAGAAAAUGAUAAAACUGAGUUUCGUGUCACUUUCACAGGCAUACCACCACCUACUAUAGCAUGGUUUAAAGAUGAUUAUGAAAUAUUUAGUAGUAGGAGGACAGCAAUCACAUCCAGUGAAUCGUCUAGUGUCCUUAUCUUCCAUCAGACUCUCUCCAGUGAUGAAGGUGAGGUGAAAUGUACGGCAACUAACCGCAGCGGUCAUGCCGUCACUAAAGCCAGACUUUGUCUGGAAGCCGCACCCAAAUUACGAUACCCCCGGCAGUACGAAGAUGGCUUGUUGUACGAAAUUAAUGAAACCAUUUUUUUGAAAACGUCGAUUGUAGGCAAGCCUAACCCAACGAUAGAAUGGAGGCAUGAUGGGCAGCCAAUUAUCGUGAAUGAAAGGGUGGAAAUAUCAAAUACACCUAAGUUUUCUGUGCUGAAAAUACACUUAGCUAGAAGAAGCGACCGUGGUGAAUACCAAAUACACGCAAGAAACAGCAUCGGCGAAGACACAGCAGCGUUCUUAGUAACUGUGACAGCACCGCCGGAUCCGCCACGUCAUGUCUCUGUUACCCGACAGGUAGACAAAUCCGUCACGUUAGACUGGGAGCCCCCCGAAGAUGACGGGGGAUGCCGUAUUGGUAACUACGUUGUUGAAUACUAUCGCACCGGUUGGAAUGUAUGGCUCAAGGCAACGACCAGUCGCAAGACAAACGUAACCUUAUUUGAUUUAAUCGAAGGCAGUGAAUAUAAAUUUCGUGUAAAAGCAGAAAGCCCUUAUGGAAUGAGCGCGCCAAGCGUAGAAUCCGCACCAGUGAGAAUACCGGGACGGGCUGUGGACAUGGAAUUCUUGGCUGUCGAGGCGCGUAUCAUCAACGAAGCAUUGACACGAGAAGAUGGUGACGAGCCGCAUGUGUCACCGGCGCCACGACGGAAACGCGCCCAAACAGCGACGAGACCGACGCAGGACGCGCCGCCGGCCCGCCAGCCUCGGCGCUCCUCGACCGGCGAAUCCGGCAGCAGCGAGUUCAUGCUUGUGCUCUACCCGGAAGGCCAGAAAUUAGCUGAGAAAAAUGAAACUCGCUCCAAAAGAGAAUCAAUUCAAUUGGACUUGGACUCCCUCUCACCGCCACCAAUUUCGCUCUCAGCUCCUGAACUUAGUACACGCUGCAUCGUACCAUUUAAGGCUCUUCGAAAUGCAGUUAGCUCCACUCAGCUGCUUCACGAGAGAGCUAUGGCACGAUUUUAUAAGGCGGUCGCUAUGAAAGAAGAACAAAAUCACGCUGAUGGAAGCACAGCUUUACAACGAGGGCCAAAAAUUGACAUUCCGCACAAUACUAGUUACGAACAACGAAAUGUAAGCAACGAUCGACAUAACCUAAACAUUGCUGAUAAACUAAAUGAAAGCACCCACAAAGCGCCAGAAAUUCUUAUACAAACUGACUCUAUCGAGGAUAAGAAUUAUAACCCCCGCCAAAAUUCCCACGAUUCAGAAAUGUCAGAUGGCAAAUGGCAGCAAAUCUCCUUUGAUGAAGACUAUACUGCUAGCACCGUUUCUACUGAUGGAGAUUAUUCAGAUGAUGGUAGUUUAAAUGGAGAUAUGGAUAGAAGAGAUCAAUAUUCGCAUGAAGAAGAUACUUACAAUCCGAGAGACAAAGUCGCUCGUCCUUCUCCUCUGAAAAAAACGUUAGAAGAAGAUGAAGAAGAUAUUUCGGAAAGGGAACCAGUUAAACCUUUACCACUUCCUGAUCCUAAUUUUAUUCCAAAACCAAUACUGAAAAGAAAACCAUCUAACGAAAACACAGCUCAAGACACAAAUGCACCAGUAAAAGAUUUAAGUAAACCCGAAGAAAAACCUAAAAAAGAAGAAAAAAGCACGAUUUUCAAGAAAAUCACUAAGAUGCCUGUUCAAAAAUCGUUUGCUUUCCCAAAAAUACUCAAUAAAAAAGAUUCCCCUAAGAAACAAGAAAAACUAUCAGUGAAUGAAAGUCCUAAGGUACAAAAUAAAGUUGAAAAAAAUAAUGAUAGAAUCAGUGAAGAAGGCAGGACGGCAAUUGAUUAUUAUGGUAACAUUGUUAAAGAAUAUGGAUGUCAUAAGAAGUCUACUAUUCCUAUUUACCUAAACACAGAUGAUCUAAAAGAAGUUGCAGAAAAGCAGCAAUUAGAGGAUAUUGAUAAAACAAAGGAAGAUAAUGUGCCAAACGUAGCAAAAAAAAUAAUAUCAAAUAAAGCAAAUGACGCCAAAACUGUAGCUAAAAAUAAAGUUACGUCAAAUAAUUUAACAAACAAACCACAAAAGUUAAAGAGACAAAUCACCGUAGAUAAAACAGAUUUGGAAAAGAAAAAUAAAAUAUCAUCACAAAAUGUUGAUAAAGCCAAUAAUGUAUCGAAAAAGUGUACCCAACAAAUUAUUCUUAAAAAAGCGGAACGUGCUACAAUUGUGAUACCAAUAGAUUAUCAAGAACUGGAAGCUAAAGCCAAGAUGAACGUAAGAACAGCUAUAGAUUACACAGUAGACGUGUGCCUACUGCUGUUAGCCUUUUGGGUUUAUUUUUUCAAGGAUGAGAGACUUGCUAUCCCCUUUCUCGUGCUUAUCAUUUACCGACAAGUACAGGAAACACUACUAUUAAAUAUUCCCGAGUGGUACAAAACUUAUACCCCUAAUUGGCUAAAGAAGAAGACAUCUUGACUAUUUUUCAAAAGACAUGUAGUGCGUUAAUCUGAAUGACCGUGUGCAUUUGUAUGGUGUGUGAUAUUGUGAAUUUUACUUUUACUUACUUAUUGUAUUACAUAGAUAAUAAAUUAGCUUAUAUGUUCGUAAUUUGUAAUAACUUAUUAAUAAAAUUCGUAGAAUAAAUCGUGUAAUACUAGUUGGCUA